CCUCUACACACUGUGGUCUCUGUGGACACCGGAAGUGCCUCUACGAGCUACCGCUGCCACGGUUUGAGCUUGUCCUUACUGCGAACACGAGCGAUGUCUUACCCGCGCUUCAUCAGCCGUCUGUGUAAACACGAGCAGGAUGCGUACGAAACCAAGGUGGCAGCGGCCGAGUUUUACAGGCUCAACAGAGUCCCGGAGCAGAUAGAGCGAGCUCUGAACGAGCUGUUCCUCCACAAGCCCGCAGACCUCCACGGUUACCUGGCAAAUUACUUCACAAACCUUUCUACACCACCAAGGAUAAACAGGCUGAAGGGACGGGAAGUUUAUGAUACAAGAGGACAACUGUCUAUUGAGGUGGAGGUCUUCUGCAUCGUCCGCAACAUGGAGAAGAGCAUGUGCUCAGCUGCUGUCUCCAGCCACUUUGGACCUGAAGAGACAUCUGAGGACUGGAAGGCAAAGUGUCAGGAGAGGGCUGACCAUGUGAUGACUGCCGUCCAGUGGGUCAAUGAACCUUUCAACAAUAUGCUGCAGGGCCAGAACCCCUGUGACCAAUCAGAAGUUGAUCAGGCACUCAGCAACUUCUUCAUGGCGCGCUACCUGGAGGAGAAAGAGAUCCGCGACAGGGAAAAGGAGAUGAUUCCUUCACCCAGUGAGUCUGAGGUGGUGCUUCCUUCUGAAACGCCUUCAAAGACUAAAGACAAAAAGAGUCCCGAUAAAGGUAAAAAGAACAGUGCAGAGAAGCCGUUCCCUCCAGCUGAGCCACCAGAACCAGUUCUGCCUGGAAGCAUGGCCAUAGGGUCAGUGUCUCUGGCUGUUGCCAGAACUGGGGCUCAGUUACAGGGCAUCCCUCUCUACAAGUACAUAGCCGCUCUAAAGGCCCGAGAGACUCCUGCACAGUUUCAUAUCCCCAUCGCUCUGGUUACCUUGCUGAGCUGUGGGAAGGCUUCUCCUGGAAAACUGAGUUUACUGGAGGAAGUCAUCCUGAUCCCCAAAGCAGGACAACGAGUCAAACAGAUCAUCACAAUGACCCUUGAGUUACAGAAGGAGAUGAUGAGAAUAAUGAACACUUCAGCAAAAGCCGGGGUCGUUCAGUCUAUUCUGCAUGACAGUGGAGCGCCAGGUGUGAGCUUCGAGAGACCUGAGCAGCCUCUGGACCUCAUCACUGAAGCCUGCGCUAGCCUCGGACUGAAACUGGGAACAGAGAUCCAUUUAGCAGUGAACUGUGCCGCCCGUGAGCUAAUUGACUAUUCUAAAGGAAGGUAUGAAAUUUCCACUGGAGUUUUGAAGUCUCCAGAUGAAUUAGUGGACGUGUACCAGUCCCUCAACAAGAAAUAUCCAGCAGUGGUAGCCUUCAUCAAUCCAUUUAGGACAGAGGACAAAGAGCAGUGGGAGAAGCUGAACAACCUGAUCGGAGACACGUGUGCGCUGCUCUUGGACAUCAGUAAUGAGUCAAAGGCCCCGCCCCCUCCGGGAGUCAGCGGCCGCAUCUUAAAACACGUUCACGAGACGACAGUCAGUGAUUUGAUCUGCAUCGCAUCAGAGCGCCAAGGUUCAGUGUUGAUGGGAACAACAUGCAAUGAGCCCUGCACCUACGACUCCUUAUCAGAUAUAGCUGUGGGUCUGGGCCUGGACUAUGUCAAACUGGGAGGUCUGAGCGGUGCUGAGAGGAUGACUAAAUACAACCGGCUGGUUUGUAUAGAGGAAGAACUGGACCAACAAGGAAUCCUGGUCUCCAAGGAGAAGCACCCCCCUCCACUGUUUGCUGGAAAACCACAGAAGGAGUCCACUGCUGCGGGCAGAGCUCUGUCAGAGGAGGCCUGAGGCAACACAGCUCGCAGGAGAACACGACUGAUAAACCCACCACAUUAUAUUUAACUUUCAUCACCCAAUUCUGCUGUGAUCACUGGGUCACAGGUCAGGAUUUCACUUCUAAUAAACAUGAUUAAGUGCA